GUGGUUUAAAAGGCUUCGGCUGAGGAGGAACCGCUCACAGAUCUGAGGAGCUCUGCGCCGGGAAAAGUUUACGUCAAAGUACCACAGACCACCCAAAGGAGGGAGAAACCGAAGAGAUGGCAACUCAGGCGGAGCAGCUACCACACCUGCACCUGGCUGAGCUCACCGCGGCGCAGUUCAUUGACAUCUGGAAACAUUUCGACACAGACGGAAACGGUUACAUAGAGGGGAAGGAGCUGGAGAGUUUCUUCACAGAGCUGGAGACUGCAAGACGAGGAGCUGGCGUGGAUCCCUCACAUGCUUUGUUCAAGGAAAAGUUGAAAGAGUUCAUGGCCAACUUUGACAAGAACUCUGACGGCAGAAUUGAGAUGUGUGAGUUGGUCCAGAUUCUGCCGACAGAGGAGAACUUCCUGAUAUGUUUCAGAGAGUUUGUGAGAUCCAGUGCUGAAUUCAUGGAUGCUUGGCGGAGAUAUGACACUGAUCGUAGUGGAUACAUCGAGUCCAAUGAGCUAAAGGGUUUCCUGUCAGACUUGCUGAAGAAGGCCAACAGAGACUAUGAUGACAAGAAGCUCAACGAGUACACACAGACAAUCCUAAGGAUGUUUGACCUGAAUGGUGAUGGUAAACUGGGCCUCUCUGAGAUGGCGAGGCUUCUGCCAGUUCAGGAGAACUUUUUGAUCAGAUUUCAGGGUAUCAGACUCACCGUUAAAGAAUUUGACUCGCUCUUCACUUUCUAUGACAAGGACGGUAAUGGCUACAUUGAUGAGCAGGAGCUGGAUGCUCUGCUGAAGGACCUCUGUGACAAGAACAAAAUGGACAUAGACUCGACCGGGCUGGUGGACUACAAGAAGAGCAUCAUGGCUCUGUCGGAUGGGGGGAAACUGUACCGCACUGAGAUGGAGAUUGUCCUGUGCCGGGACUCCACGCUGUGACCUACCUGCCUGCCUACCUGCCUGCCUCCUGCCUGCCUGGGACCCUCCUGUCUUCCUGCACUGCUUCCUUCUUUUCCUACCUCUCAAUGUAACCUGGUGCAUGUGUGACCUCUCGCCAAAAUACUUUGGGCGAAGACAAAAGUGUGCCUGAAAGCACAGAAAAUACCCGUUGAGCUUGCUGUUUUAGACUUCUGAAUUUAUUUUCUUUUAAAACAUAAAGCUAUUUAUUGAGAUUUUAAAGGCAACUCAAGAAUAUCGUGUAUUAUGCGUUUGUAAUUUUAAAUUGAUUGCAUAUGUUCCCUGUAGAUUUAAAAGAAUUAGCUCUGUUUUGUAGCAUCUCAUUGUUUUGUUUAUUUCAGAUUAAUUUGUUAGAAUGUUUGUUUUAUUUGAUGAGGCUGGUACUGUUCUAUAGAAAUAUAUAAAUCACGGAAUAAAUAAAUCUAACAUAAACACA